AUGGAUAAACUUGCUGAAGCUCAGAAGCAACUUUCGAGGAAGAGAGUCUUCCCUUCUUCUUCCAUGUGUUCUUCUCAAUAUUCGAAUUCUUCUUCUUCUUCCCCAUCACCGAAAGCAACUGAGAACUCUGGCGGACUAAUGCCUUUGGGACAAUCUGUUUUUCGUACGGCUCAUCAUUUGCCAGGAGUAUGGGUCACGGAGGGUCAGGACGAUAUGAAACGCACCUGCCAGCUGGCAUGGAUAUUAUGGGAUCCAAAAUCUAUAAGAAUGACAUCAGCACCGACAUGGAAUGGAAUGCCUGACAGAGUCAAGCUCAACAUUUUCCAGUUCCUCAACACACUGGAAAAAAGUCGUCUGCGGCAGGUCACCAGAAACGACAAAAGGGUGAUGGAUUCAAUUCCUCAAAAGUGUGCCGUUGUCGCCAUCCAGGUCUCCGACCCAUGGAUGAGCUGCAAGGUUAUCGAAAACCGAACGACACCCGAGUAUGAGAUAAAGCCUGAUAACCUUACUUUCGACAUGUCGUCAGUCUUCAAAAAUCCAAGGUUGGUAAUUGGAGUACUAGAUGUGUCCGUGUUUCUUAGUGGAUUCGGGAGACUCAAGAAACUGAUCAGCUCAUUUCAAUUUUGGGGACUUCCAAAGAACUCUCUCAAGGUCGAGAAUCUGAGACUGCACUCUGAGGCACCAGACUGUGAGGUUUUCAUCUCCGACAUGCCAUACAUUGAGGGUUUAGACACUUUUAAGUACUUUGUCGCCUUGCUGACAUACCUGGAUGUCCGGGUGUUGAAGAAGAUAACUAUCCAUUCAUUUAUGGCAAUUGAUCUGCUUCAACGACUCGGAGACACACAACAAUGGAAAACCUGCAAUUGGAUCGAAAUCAGGACUAAAGAGUUGUUCCACUACAACCAGCUCUUCAAUGAGUGGAGAGGGACAAAGAUCGAGAUAUGGGGAUUGAAUGAGAAGUCAUUAAUCACCGAAAAAGCAAACAGCUAUGUGAAACCUUAUCUGGAGAAACGGCUGGGCUCCACAUACCAUAUUCGGAGUGUUAAUGAAGAGGUGAAGUCGGAGUCGCAGAACCAUCAUAUCCCAACUGUCCUUGGCGCGAAUAUUCUUCAUGUGACACUCCAUGAGGGAUACUUGAAAGGGGUCGUUGAACCAGCGGCCAGUUCAUCUCAAGCGGGUGCAUCGAGCUCGAAUUGUUAA